UCUAUCUUUUUUGAUUUAUGGGUGUUUAUAUAUAUAUAUAUAUGAAUAUGAUAUAUAUAGUAAUAAAAAAAUAAAAAUAAAAAAAGAAAAGAAAAAACAUAGAAGGAAAGAAUUUGAGAUGACUUGAAAAAAAAAAAAAAAAAUUGCACGGCCAAGUGGAGAUGUAAUGAAUUCAUGAAAACUUGGACUUGGUACGGAUUGAACAACGCAAGUUUGGUGUGGGCCACCCAACCCGGCCAAGUUUGGACUUGUUACUGUUAGCCACCCAACCCGGCCAAGUUCCAACAUCGUGCGUGAAUUCAUUAAGAGCUCUGGAUUGAGUUUGAUUAAAUUGUCCAACGCUUCACGGCUUCAGCCUUCAGUUUUGUAAAACCGGUCAAUUCUCACACCAAUCACAAACCGGUCAAACGUCCAAACCCCAAUUACUGAAACCAUACAUUGAAACCCUAGAACCCAAAACCAGACAAUGCACCUCCUUCGCGCCUCCGCCGCCGCCACCAGCAGCAGCAGUUGGUUCCUAUACACCGUUGUUUCACGGCACUUCUCCUCUGCGUCCAAGAUCUCACAACUGCCAAGCCUCUCCAAAAUAAGAAACAGGAGACGCGAAGUCAUCCAAGACGCUCAACAGGCCCUCACGGACUACCUCCACAACACCAGGUACUUACCCUACACAUUCGCCGAGCACAUUGGCAAGAACUCCACAUUCUCCCUCGUCAACAUCAUUGCCAAAGUCUAUUCAUCGCGGGCCACGUUUCUUGGAUCGUUCCAGAGGUUCCUCAGGUACCACCCCAUUAACGAAUUUGAAUUUUUCUAUGAAAGUAUAGGCAUUCAUUAUAAGGAAGUUAAUGGUUUUUUGCCUGCGAACAAGUUCUUUUUAUCGGAAGAUUUGCGGACUUUGAAUGCGGCAUACGCUCUUUCCGGUUUUGGGUUUCCUUGGAACAGGUUGGGAGAGUUGUAUAAGGAAGAGAAGUCGAUUUUUGGUAUGGAUUCUACAGAGUUGAGUAGAAAGCUUAGAGGGUUAAAAGAUUACGGGUUUAAAACUGAACUGAUAAUUGCUAUUUGCUUGGUUUUCCCUCGGGUGUUAAGUGCUGAGUGUCAACUGGGCUGGAAAUAUGCCAUGUUUCUUGAUGAUUUGAAAAGGGUUCUUAUUGAUUUUGAUUUGAUGAGUUAUGUGGAGUGUAAUCUGGAUGCUUGGUAUGACAUAUGUAGGAAAAUUCGGGUGUUUUAUGACUUAGAUUGUGAGAAAGGGAAGAUGGGGGAACUGAUGGGUAUUAACAAAAGCAUUUUUAUGGAAUACUCGGAGGAAGAUUUGAUCAGAAAGGUGGAUUUCUUUUGUAGGUUGUGUGUGGGGAAGGAGGAGGUUGCCUUGUUCCUUCUUGAGAGACCAGAAAUUUUAGGUUUUGAUUUGGAGAAUCGGGUGAUUUCAGUGUUGGGGUUCCUAAAACACUGUGGAAUGAAAACAGAAGAGUUAAAAUCUAUUGCUCAAAAGUAUCCACACGUUGUAGGAAGACACAAAAUGGUUAAUUUGCCUCAUGUGAUGAGAGCAUUGGAUCUAGAAGAAUGGUUCUUCAAUAAGAUGAAAAAUGGGAAUCAUCUUUUGUUAGGUAGCUAUGAUGGUUGUAAGUUUGACGAAGACUUGGAUGGUGAUUUUAAAGCUCGUUUGGAUAAAAUAGAAUCUUCAAGAAACCGAAAUCACUACCUAACCAAGUUGAAUUUCUUGCACGGUGUCGGGUUUGGAGAGAAUAAAUUUAUCAUAAAAGUCCUAGAUCGGGUAAACGGCAAUGGUGGCGAACUGCAGGAACGCUUUGAUUGCCUUCUGCGUAAUGGGAUUGAAUUCUCAAAACUUUCUAAGAUGUUAAGCCUGUCACCUAAGAUUCUAAACCAAAAGGCAGAAAUUCUUGAACAGAAAUUGAACUUCCUUUGCCAGGAUGUGGGAUCAUCUUUGCAGUUACUUGAUGAAUUUCCUGCCUUUCUGUGUUAUGAUUUAGAGAAAAGAAUUAAGCCCAGAUACUAUUUCCAUAUGUGGCUUUUGGAAAAGGGUUUUUGUGCAAAAAAUUACUCCCUUGCGAGCAUAAUUGCAACUAGUGAGAAAAAUUUCGUACAUCGCAUAUCAGUUAUUCACCCAUCUGCUCCAAAACAGUGGGCUGAGUUCUUCAAACAAAAAUAAUAGAAGUAAUUGGCAAGAGAAGAUAGAAGAGUUGUGCAUGUUACUUGGCGGAUUGCUUACUUGCAGUAAGGAACUCAACAUGGCAGUUUUAGGGUCAUCAGUAGGAGACAUAAUGUAAACAUAUUUUUUUUUUCCUAAUUGGUACUCACACACAUAUGCCUCCACUGAGGCUCGAACCCCUGACCUCCCUUUGAGAAGUAGGAGCUUGUUACCGCUAGGCCACUGGCUGUUGCCAUGGUGCCACCAUUGAUUGUUCGAGCAUAAUCUUAAUUGGUCUGUACUAGUGCAAUCCCAGCAAAUCAUUGACAAAUUGUAUGCAGCUUUUGGGCAUGACGAGUGAGUGCAUCCUUAGAAUUUGGAUUGCCUUUUCUUUCGGGCACAGUUUGAUGCGGUGAAGUGAAGCCUUGAAAUCUGGUGGGAAGAGGAUAAUUGUUUACAAGCUUCUUUCUUGAAGGCGUGUGAUCAAGCAUCUGAUGGAGCCAUUUUAAUGCGGCUUAUCAAGAAAAUUAGUAGUUUUCCCAUUUAAACAAGGACUUGUGUGUGUUCUUUGUUUUGCAUGUAAUUUGCAUGCAUUCGUUCUUCAACAAUGGAGCUCACCGUGACAUGAAUGAUACAUUUUGGUUACAGAUGAGUGAGUUGAAGUACAGAGCAAUGUUCAAAGGAUUGUUUAAUCUUGUUUGGUUUACUUAACGCUUGUGGCAGAAAGAAGCAUUGGAAACCAACAGGUUGCUUGCGCAUAUAAUACAGAAGGGAUCAAGGAGGUAAUUUGCUAUUUUGCCAGGGAUGUCAAACUCAUUGAGCUUGCUGUUCUACUAAUGGUAGAUCGGAAAAUGGUUGAGGAGGAUCCAAUUACAUUUUAUCAAACUGGAUGGAUGACAUUGGACCAAUGCAUCCGCCUUGAACUUGGGACACUCAUAAAUUACUGUACGUACAAAAAGGAACACACAGAGAUUUGGCUCGAAUCUGUAAAAAGUUUAAGGAGGCAAUGAUACAUACAUGUGCUACAGUUACUUGAAAUAUUUGAGAGGGCUGGUGAUGCUAUUGAGGCUUAUCUUCAGUUAGAGCGAACUAAUGCAGAACAGGUUGCCCAGGAUACUUUCAGAGGCGGGCUUCAAAUUGACAUUCAGAGUCUCUGAUUUAAGCAAUACAGUGGAGCGGUUUCUUUACUUUUUGAUCACUUGCAAAUGGAAAAAAUGAACUCUCAAUAGUUAAGCAAUGCUAAUGAAUAUUACUUUGUCGUGACAGGUAC